UGGCUGCGUUUUAAAACUAGGGAUUCACCGAUCCAGUUUUUUUUCACUUCCGAUACCGAUAUCUGUGAUCUAGUAUUGGCCAAUACCGAUGCGAUACAGAGAAACAGUGCAGAACUGAGAUAAAAUAUUUCUUUUUUUAAAAACACAGACAUAAAUGUGCUGAAUUACAAAUUACUUCAUAACUCUGGACCAGUACAGCACAUUACAAUACAACAAUAACUUCACAAAUUUGAUCAAAUAUGUAAAAACAGCACUUUUAUUUGUUCAGUAUAACAGUCAAUGCAAAAAUAAAUAAUAAAGAAACUGAAACAGACAAAAACAUUAGGCUGAAAAAUAAGCUGCAACAAACCUUCUUUCAAAUGAUUCAGAAAGUGCAAAUAGGAAUUAUACAUGUAACGUAAGAGAAAGAAUUAAGGAUUAGCUUGGGCGACCACUAAAAGGCUAGGAGUUGAUAAACUCAGACUACAAGAUGAGGUAUUUGAAUCAAAUCCAAAAUAUGCAACUGUCCAUAUAAAGCUCUGUGCUUUAAAUGAAGCAGAUUUGCAGCGUAGCAACAUUAAAACAGUUCUGAAUCAGGCAGGUUUUGAGCCUGAAGGCGAGUCAGCCUCUUGUUAAAACACCUAAACAAGUGAACAGAUUACAACGUCGUGAAGAAUGUUAUGAAGACGCAUUCUGAUUAUCAUAAGGUUUCCUAGAAUCCACGAGCAAGCAGAGAAAAACAAAAAAGCAACCACAUCAAUUCUCAUGUCCUGUUCAGAAAUCCUACCAACCUCAAAUAUUCAUGUGAUUUAUAGUAUGAAUGACCAGACCGGAUGUAAUCCUAAACACACAACCAUUUGGUUGGUUAAAAAACUAACUUUUUAAGAUGUUUUAAUCAGCUUCUGUCUGUUUUUUUUUACAUCUGUUAAAUCAGAUUAUAUGUGUAAGUUCUGAAGGCGCAGCAUCUUUUCUUCUAUUACUAAGCUGCGUUUUCCUCUUCAUUACGUUGUACAGAAAAUUUUAAUGGAUCAACAGUUGUUAUUAUCCAUUUAUCAAAAUAUAGAAAACAGUACAGUAAGGUAUCCUAAUUUUCCCACAUAAUAGACACAAAAUGACUCCUAUACAUUCGAAUAAUAAUAACGAGUUUCUAUUUAAGAAAAAACGGAGCAAAAAAAGUUUAAUAAAAUAAAAAACAGAUACAGAAGAGAACUGUGGCAUUUUUGAUAUUAGCUAUGGAAGUCAAAACGGGAAGAGAAACUUGUCUGUGGAAGUAAUGAAACAUUUUUUCCGACGGCAGAAAAAGUCUGUCAAAGGUCUGCGUGUCAAAUAGGAAAUGGGAACGUAAACCUCAUGUGAAUUAACACAGCUGUUAACCAGACUUUCAAAAUUAAAACAUCCUGUAAAUGUUGAAGCAGUGGUUCACAGCAUGUUGGUCUGAACUGGAGGGUAAAUCAUAAACCAUGUGGGUUUCCACAGAUUACGCAAGGCUAUUAUGCAGUUAUCCUGUUGCCUAAUUGCAUAAUAGCCUAGAAAAAGUUGAUCAAAUCACCACUACAUUUAAUUUAUAUACUUAUUUAUUUUUACAACCGCUAGCAAAGAUUUAGCUUCAACCAGUUCAACCACAUUGAACUUUGACUUUCCAAGAAACAGACUCUCUUUUUAAACCACACCCUAACUUUACCAAAGCAAAAGGAAACUAACUGAAAAUCAUCAAAAGUCAUUCUGCCAAACAUUAACAAAAUAUUUCCUGCACACAAGGAACGAGGAAAGGUGCGCCGGCUUUUAAAAUAGAGCGUGUCCCGUCAGACCGUCAGUUCCCAAAACCACACAAAAGCACACGCGGGGCCAGUGCGACUCUGCCGGACUGCGUUGGGGUUUUAAAAAGUCUAGUGCAAUCAUAACUCAAAGAGGAUUGUCAAUGCGCACACCUUCAGAGCGAGAACAAAAGGGUUCAGAUUUUUAUUUUUUAUUAAACCUUUAUUUAAACAAAUAAAAACCCGUAGAGAUCAAGACCUCUUUCAUAAGGGUGGCCAGGCCAAGACAGGCAGCAGCACGAUGGAUAGGACAAGUAAACAGAAAAAACAAAAUCAUAAAACAAAGUACAUCUUUCUUCAUGUUCACUAAAAUGUUCACUAAAAUUACAAAAUGUUGCACAGUUUCAGAAAUCUCUGAAAACUGAAAGCAAGUGGCAGCCUCAUUAUGAAAGCAGGCUACAGAACAGUGCACACUGUGGUUCACCACUGGCUCACACUGAUUGUGGUUUAGUUGUUGUUAAAAAGUGGACAGCAGCGUCAGGGAUGAAGCCAUUUUGACUUCACCCAGAGUGGAAGGCGAGAACAUCAAGAAGACGUCGACACAACCAGAGCAACAUGGCAGCAACACUGACUUCCAACUCUUCAGACGCAAUGCAGCAGAACCCAAAAUCCCCGACAAAGCUCUUGAAACUGGUGCAACAUGCAGUCAGCAUGUUCCUGCUGGUUGUCCUCUUCUCCAUCCUGCAGUAUGUAUUUGACAUGCACUUCGUUUGCUCCUGCAGGCCUGGUUUACAUGCCAGCGGCAUCUUUUACUUGACUUUGCCUCCCUUGAUCCUGACUUUUGCCGUCAACAUUGUUGAGCCUUUUUACCGCCGAAAACCUUUUUCCAGUAAACGAUUCUUCAAAUUCCAUUGCCCAAAUAGAUGUGUCGUGAACUACCUCGUAAAGUUUUUCAUAAGGUAUACCAGUCUCACAGCUUUCUGGAUUUCUCUGGUUUUCUUUGAUGGAGACUGGUACUUUUGCCUGAGGACAAACUUCAACUCAACUCAGACCGGGAUGCCUUGCAAAGCAAAUCUGACCUACGAAGAGCAACGCAUCCGGGACGAGUACAAGACCACGUCACUUGUGAGUAUCACCGCACUGAUUAUGGAGCUCAACGCAGAUUAGUUUAGAUGUCAGUUUCAAGUAACUUUAACUUAUUUAGAAGAAUCUUUUGCAUUCCUUUACAGGACAUUCCAAACUUUAGCUGUGAUGUUGACAUUUAUUUAGUGAAAUUCGCUGUCAGACUGAAGACUGGAGUACAACAAGGUUUUGAGUCUUUGACUUUACAACAUGCAUUACCUUAAAAUACAAUAUUAUAAAACAUCUAGUGACAGUCACCCUUAAAGUGGCCAGAUACUAAACAAAAAUGAGAAAACGCUGGAAAUUCUCGUCACCGUCCCUUAAGAAAAAAAAUGCUGAUUUUAAAAAUUUGUUUCUCUUUUUGUUCCAGGACAUUGGCCUUUUCCUGUGCUGCGGUUUUCUGUUUCUCUGGAGCAUCUCAGAAGUUUGGAAAGCCUGCAUACCGGGGUACAGAUGUGGCGCUCCCUAUUACAGCGUGGUGUAUGACAACCUGCUGGCGGAGGAAGUCGGCAACCAUUUGAAUGAGCAGCUACAAAAAAUUGCAAAAGAGAAAGCAGAAAAACUCUGUGGGACCUACGUUAAAAGCAUCAGGUACCACCAGCAUCUACCAGACGGUGAGAAUGUCCUUGACAUUUCUGAAGUCUGGGGAAAAGUCUCAGCAUCGGCCUUUUACACGACAGAAGUCGAACGAGAAGAAACUGGAGACAACAACCGUGAACAAGAACGACCAGCAUAGACACCAACUUUCUUUAGCAACAUUGUAUCAUGCAGAAGGACAGGACUGUUUUAUGAUUCUGUUAUUCUCACUUUCAUGCAUAAGCAUAUGUUUACUAUUAUUCUUUUUUAUUCAUUAAAAUGUUGCAAUGAUUUAGAAUUGAUUUGGUUCCUUUCUUAUUUGUUUCUGCUCCACACUGUCUCUCUGUUUCCUCCUGGAUUCGAGGAAACAUUAUUGUCACAAUCAUAAAGCGUCCGUCCUCAUGAUAUUUUCUUCAUGAUUCACUUGUUUUCAUAAGAAGGCUCGUCUUCAGAUUGUCCAAGGUUCUAGAAACCCAUACAUCUCCUGUUUUAAUGUUGCUACCCUAGCCGCCAAUCAGAUCUGGGUUUCAUUUUAAUAUUUUUGUCAGACCUUUACAGGGUCCAUUGCAUGUUUCAGAUUCGAUUCAAAUAUAUACCUUUCCCUGUAUUCUGAGUUUAAAAACUCCAAAACUUUUAGUGGUCUCCCAACCCAGAACCAAGAGGAGAGCGAUCUUUCCAAGGUGUUGGACCCAGACUGUGGAAUGGACUUCUACGGAGUGUGGACUGUGUGGAAACUAUUAAACAGCAGCUAAAAACAUUUUUAUUCCAAUAUGCUCUUAUAUAAACUAGAGCUUUUAUUCCUUAUUGUACAUUUCUUCCAAUUUGUUUACUGUUACCCUUUUAGUCGAGCACUUUAUGACCUCUGUCUGUGAAAAGGUGCGACAUAAAUAAACUUUUGCUUGCGUACUUUACUUAUAACGUCGUACCAAAUGUUGCAUUCAAGGUCCAGGGUUUAAUUAUAAAGUACGACAGCGUAAACAUGAUCUUUAUAAGCAAUUUUUAGCAGCACAGAUUACAAAAAGCCUCAGAAUAGGUUAUACACUAGCGCGCCAAGAAUUUAAGCCAGCAUUGACCAUGCUUGCUACGUCAGUAUUUGAAAAAUGCAAUAAUGACAAUAUGAACAUUUAGCUUAAAAUGAACCGAACCAGAUACUGACUGAAUUCUUCCACCUGUCACGCUGAAGUUUUCAUUUUGCAGAGAUAAACGAGCCGCUGUGACAACAGAACGAAGCCCACGCCUACAGUGUAAUGUUUGCUCAUGGUGUUGUGUUGUACAUGCAGAGAGGAAGGCAGGAGAUAGUGGCUCUGUGCAGGCUGCAGGAUAAACAUGUACAGGAAUUAUCUGUGGAGUUAAGAGGCACACGAGCAGAACAUCUGGACCGGGACGGAGCUAAGCAGCAAGCCACAGGAGGAUCUUCUAGAGGCAUGGCUACGGUCGGACAAAUCAUUUUUUUCAUCAUAGUGACCCUCAAUGUCCUGUUAGCAGCCUUCAUCAUCCUCAUUUUGUCCCUGGCCUUCUCAAAAUCCACGUCCAAGGUGAUGAGCAGCAACACCAAACCGGUCGCCAACCUCGGCGGGGACCAGAUUCUCAGCUGCUAUGUUUCUGCAGAAAGUCAACCAAACAGGCUGGGUAAAGUGUCGGUCAGCUGGGAGAAAACGGAUCUGGGAACGGUUUAUCGUUACGAGAACGGAGCUCCGGCUCUUGAUGGGCAAGCUUCGGGGUUCAAAGGCAGAACUCAGGUCUUCCCUGACGCUGUAGCCACCGGUAACGCCUCUCUGCUGCUGCGGAGCGUGAGAAGCAGUGACGAGGGAGAGUACACCUGCACCGUUAGGUCCUCUGUGGGACGAGGGACAGUCAGCAUUCAGCUCCGGACAGCAGUCUUUUCGGUGCCGACGCUGAAGUUCUCUAACAACACCCUGACCUCUGAGGCGAGCAGCUGGUUUCCUAAACCAGCUGUUAUGUGGCUGAACCAAACCGGGAACGAACUGAAAGCAAACACAAGUUUCACUAAACGCUCACCAGGGAUUUACAGUAUCCUGAGCACUCUACAGUCAGCGAAGGUCAGCGAGACCUACAGCUGCAGGAUCGAAAACAACUUAGUGGUGGCAGUCACCGAAGCAACUAUAACAGGCGCCGGUGUUUUGGGAAGGACAUUCUUCACCUUCAGUGUCGCUUCAACGCAGCUUGUAUCGUUUUAUCUAAAUGUUAUUACCAGUGUCCUAUGCUUGUUUUAUGUGGUGUAGGUAAAUACAACCUUAUUAUCUUUGCUUUAAAAUCGUUGUCAAAUAUUGUCUAUGUAUUCAAGAACAGAGUAAGUGAUGCAGUUUAUUUAAGUAGCGGUUACUAAAGUUUAGCUGUCCGUUUUUAUUGUAAUAUAUGUCAUGGAAUAUUGUGCUGGUUAUUAUAUAUACAUGUAAAAAAAAUGUUUUAUCUCUAUUGUAACUGAUGACAAGAAAAUUAUUUAGACGUCU